UUGGAUCUUCACUCCGAAACAAAGGUGGCGGUAAUGUACUUUAUACGCUGGUUGUCAACCUUCUUUAAAGCCAAGAAGAAGAAGAGGAAGAAGAUGGAGAAAUAUGACAGUAAGCUAAUUUGGUAAACAGACAGCUAGCUGGCCCUUAAAAGCUUGGCGUUAAACAAUGUACCAGUCAAGAUGGGGCAGACCAUGUGCAUAUGCUCCCGUGGCUCAUUCACCAUUGAUAACAAAAAAUAUUACUUUGUCCAGAAACUAGAUGAAGGGGGGUUCAGUUAUGUGGAUCUGGUGGAGGGGGCCAAGGAUGGACGCUUCUACGCCUUGAAGAGGAUCCUGUGCCAUGACCGUGAAGGCCAUCAGGAGGCUCAGACAGAAGUGGACAUGCAUCAGAUUUUUAAUCACCCCAACGUCUUGAGUCUGGUUGCACACACCUUUGUUGAUCGUGGAGGCAAGACUGAAGCUUGGUUACUUCUGCCUUAUAUCAGAAAAGGCAGUCUGUGGUCUGUUCUGGAGAAGCUAAGAGACAAGGGGAGCUCAAUGCCUGAAAAACAGAUUUUGCAAAUCCUGCGUGGCAUCUGCUCUGGACUCAAGGCCAUUCAUGAAAAAGGCUAUGCACACAGAGACCUGAAGCCCACAAAUGUGCUUCUGGAUGAGGAUGACAGGCCGCUUCUGAUGGACCUGGGCUCUAUGAACCGUGCCAGGAUUGAGGUUAGAGGAACCAGAGAAGCCAUGACCAUACAGGACUGGGCAGCCCAGCGAUGCACCAUUUCUUACAGGGCUCCUGAACUCUUUAAUGUAGAGAGCCACUGCAUUAUAGACGAGCGCACUGAUAUCUGGUCACUCGGCUGUGUGCUUUACUGCAUGAUGAUGUUGGAGGGGCCGUAUGACAUGGUGUUUCAGAAGGGGGACAGCGUUGCCCUGGCUGUCCAGAAUCCAGUGACCAUCCCACAGUCCUGCAGCUACUCGCAGGGCCUGCAGAUGCUGCUGAGCUCCAUAAUGGUGUCAAAUCCCCAGGAGAGACCAAACGUGAACUGGGUUCUUGACCAGGUACAGGACCUGCAGAGUCGCAGCCCCAACACCCAAACCAACAUGGUCUGACCUUGCACGGUGCACUGAAUGUGGGAUCUUUGAAACCUUUGCACACUUAAAUGAACGUCUAUUAUUUUGAGCUAAAAAAUAUUUGUUUUAUUUAUUGACUUUAGUGUAAAAGCCUGGGUGCAGACUUUCUCUAAGUUUGGGGAGCUUGGCAACAUUUACUUUGACUCGUGUAAUCCAGCCUGCGUAUCCCAGUGGACGCUUGCAGACUUUAUCUGAAGAAUCUGAAAGGCCCUGCAAUAUAGUACACAAUGCUUCUAAUAAUUAAGUGGCUUUACCUUGUCCCCACUUUUAUUUUGUUCAAUGUGGAGCUGGAGCUAGCAGCCUGUUAUCUUAGCUCAGCAUAACCACUGGGAGGUGGGGGAUGCUGCUAGCCUUCUAAAACUCUCUAGUUAUCAUGUUAUGUCUUGUUUGUUUAAUUUGUACAAAACUAAAAUGUAAAAACAACGAUUGUGGUUCUGUGACUAUAAUAUGUUAGUUAGUGAGCUUUAGAGGUGCUGGUAGGCUGAUUUUGUUAGCUUUGGACAGAGCCAGGCUAACUGUCCCCCCCCCCCUGUUUCUAGUCUUUAUGCUAAGCUAAACUAACCGUCUGCUGGCAGUAGCCUUAGCGUAAAAGUAUAUUUUUUAAAGAUUCCUUUAAAUAAAAAUAAAAAAAAGAAAGAAACCGUUUUUGUCUUAAAAUUGUAGUUUGCAUUUUUAAUGAGAAAAGGGAUAACAUAAAAGCUUUGCCAAACUUCCCGGUGUGUGAAAGCUACCGAGUUCAAUACAUAUCAGAUUUCAUUCCCUACCUAGAAGGAAAAUGGUCCAGUUCCCUUAAAUUUAUUUUGUAUAUGUGUAACAUAUUGCGGUUACACAUGUGUGCUGUAAUCAUGGAUAAACAACUCCGCCUUCAGCUUUCCUCACACCUUCACUUGCACUGUUUGUCUCUACGGGUGUAGAGUUAAGAGGCAGAGUUCUCCUCACCUGCUAUGCUGCAUUCAAACACACAGAGGUGCUCCACCAUCACAGUCCCCUGCUCCACACAUCAACAUGGGGAUGUUUCUGUCUGUACUGUUGAUAUGGUGUGAAUGGGCUCUUUGUGAAACAGCAAAGUGUCUGCUUGUGUAAAAAUAAAAAAGAAAGGGGUCAGUCACUUAUACCAUUAAAUAAUAAUUUUUAAUCAGUUUAA